CUCUUUCCCAGAACUCUCAUAUCUCGCACACGACUAUCACACAACGCAGGAUCCUUACACAUUCUAAAGGCAAUGUCGACAGCUCGAAUCAUUCCUCACGAUCCCAAGGCGACGUCGGAGCUUUGGGCCAGUGCCCCUACAGGGGAGAAACCAGCAAAAGUCGGCACGACCAGGGUAUUCUACAAUACCCCACCUCAGCAGUUGACUGCUCUGUCGUCGCUGGGAGAUGGCUUUGAGAAGAAGACGGGUAGCGCGAAGCGGGAGGUGGUGAGGAAGGCAGUAGGGAGUGCCGUCAAAGCGGUCAAGGCCAUCGACGGCGUCAAAGACGUGAAGAUCGAUGCUUCUCUAGAUCCACAUGCAGCUGCUGUCGCGGCCCAUUUGGCACAGUACUCGUUCACGUUGAAGACUUCUCCGACUCCUUCGAGAUUCGACCCGAAUUUGAAGGAGCCUAUCCCUGAAAAACUUAACCUUUCUCCUGAGCAGAGCUCGGAAGAGUGGAACCGUGGAGUGGUAUAUGCAGAGUCGCAGAAUUUUGCUAGGACCCUUAUGGAAUUGCCAGCAAAUAUUGUGACUCCAACAGCCUUUACGGAACGCGUCAAAUCGGCGUUUGCUGGCAUCGACAAUAUCGAAAUCUUCGUUCGAGAUGAAGCUUGGGCCGAGGAGAAAGGAAUGCGAACAUUCCUUUCCGUCACCCAUGGCACGGCAGAGCCCGCCAAGUUGCUCGAAAUUCACUACAAGGGCGCACCUUCAAAGGAUGACAAACCAGUCGCUUUCGUUGGCAAGGGUAUCACUUUCGAUUCUGGAGGAAUCAGCUUGAAGCCAUCAGCGGCUAUGAAAUUGAUGCGUGGCGAUAUGGGUGGUGCCGCCUCUGUUGUCGCCGCUACGCUAGCCAUCGCUAAACUUAAGCUUCCGGUUAACCUGGUCACUAUCACUCCACUGACGGAGAACCUUCCUGGACCGAGUGCGACCAAGCCUGGUGACAUAAUCUAUGCCAUGAACGGCAAAACGGUGGAAGUAGAUAACACGGAUGCUGAAGGUCGAUUGGUUCUUGCUGAUGCUAUCUAUUAUGCGUCUUCCGAGUACAAGCCUCACACGCUUAUAGACGUGGCUACCCUGACUGGUGCCAUAGACAUUGCGCUGGGAGAUCUAUACUCUGGUGUAUUCACCACGUCGGAUAAGCUUUGGGAUGAACUCCGCAUCGCAGGAGAGACUGAAUUUGAUCGAUUCUGGCGUAUGCCAUUGGACGAAGAUUAUGGUCCCCAGAUCUAUUCGUCUAAUGCUGACCUGUGUAACACCGGUGGCAGACCCGCUGGAAGUUGUACGGCAGCGCUGUUCCUGAAGGCAUUUGUUGAAGGUAUUGAUGGUGAUGAGCCUUCCCUGAAAUGGGCCCAUAUCGAUAUUGCCGGUACUAUGGAGGUAACCCGGCCCACGCCUUACCUUGAAAAGGGCAUGACAGGUCGAUCUGUGCGGGGUCUGAUUGAGUAUGUACGAAACUUGCAGUAAGUUGUCGCGGCGUCAUAAUAGAGAAAAUAAGGAAAACAAUUGGUUCGCAUAUGCAUCUGCGUGAAGCCUUCUCAGUCAACCCAAGUCGGCUCCACGGUCCAGUCAGCCUUGGGUACAUAUUUGCCUCCUGCAACAUCCUCAGACUCUAUCCUCAAUUUCACUGUGCGAUGGACCUUGAUGCCUUGCAUCUUCUGUCGUGGAAUAUGCCUUGGGCGACCUCCGUUCAGACUGCGGUG